AUGGCGAGAAAUGUGGCAACACUGCUGAAGGCGCACCGCCUGGCUAGUGUAAACACAACACUAAAGAGGGACCGCAAGUGUAAACCCAACACUGGAUGCAGGGACCGCAAGUGUAAACCCAACACUGGAUGCAGGGACCGCAAGUGUAAACCCAACACUGGAUGCAGGGACCGCAAGUGUAAACCCAACACUGGAUGCAGGGACCGCAAGUGUAAACAAGUGGACCGCAAGUGUAAACACAACACUGGAUGCAGGGACCACAAGUGUAAACACAACAGUGGAUGCAGGGACCACAAGUGUAAACACAACACUGGAUACAGGGACCGCAAGUGUAAACCCAACACUGGAUGCAGGGACCGCAAGUGUAAACACAACACUGGAUGCAGGGACCGCAAGUGUAAACACAACACUGGAUGCAGGGACCGCAAGUGUAAACACAACACUGGAUGCAGGGAUCGCAAGUGUAAACACAACACUGGAUGCAGGAACCGCAAGUGUAAACACAACACUGGAUGCAGGGACCACAAGUGUAAACACAACAGUGGAUGCAGGGACCGCAAGUGUAAACACAACAGUGGAUGCAGGGACCGCAAGUGUAAACCCAACACUGGAUGCAGGGACCGCAAGUGUAAACACAACACUGGAUGCAGGGACCGCAAGUGUAAACCCAACACUGGAUGCAGGGACCGCAAGUGUAAACACAACACUGGAUGCAGGGACCGCAAGUGUAAACACAACACUGGAUGCAGGGACCGCAAGUGUAAACACAACAGUGGAUGCAGGGACCGCAAGUGUAAACCCAACACUGGAUGCAGGGACCACAGGUGUAAACACAACACUGGAUGCAGGGACCGCAAGGACCGCAAGUGUAAACCCAACACUGGAUGCAGGGACCGCAAGUGUAAACCCAACACUGGAUGCAGGGACCGCAAGUGUAAACACAACACUGGAUGCAGGGACCGCAAGUGUAAACCCAACACUGGAUGCAGGGACCGCAAGUGUAAACACAAUACUGGAUGCAGGGACCGCAAGUGUAAACCCAACACUGGAUGCAGGGACCACAAGUGUAAACACAACACUGGAUGCAGGGACCGCAAGUGA